UGUGCUUACACAAUGACAGUUUCCGUCAGUUUGACUUGCAAAUCGUAAGCGCGUUGAGCGAGCGGUUUAUUUUCCUUUCCAAUUUCAGCUGGAACGUCAAUUUCAUAAUUUCAAUCUAUCGAUCGAUAUCCUUUACAAUAGCAAAUACAGAAAUAUAUAUUUUUUGGAGAUAAGUACAAGUUGUACUUGUUGUACUUAAACUCUGAACUUCCAGCUCGAGGCCCAGCAGAGAGCUCGAGCGGCAGCUCUGAAAAGUUUGUUGUUGUCACGUGAUGUGAGACGAAUGUGGCGAUAAAAGUUUGCUUAGAUAGUAAAAGUAGGCGGCGUACCUAAAUAUUAACACAUUUUGAAUACAACAUUCACCAACAUGCCUCAACCGAAACAUCGAAAGAUUGCUGUGAUAGGUUACAGAUCUGUAGGAAAGUCAUCUCUUACAAUACAGUUUGUGGAAGGACAGUUUGUUGACUCCUAUGACCCCACCAUCGAAAACACCUUUAACAAACUGGUCAAUGUGAAUGGUCAAGACUUCAAUCUUCAACUGGUUGAUACAGCUGGACAAGAUGAGUACUCAAUCUUUCACCAAUCCCACUCCAUGGACAUCCAUGGUUAUGUCCUUGUCUAUUCAGUGACUUCCAAUAAGAGUUUUGAAGUUGUGCAGAUUCUACAUGACAAGCUGCUAGACAUGGUUGGAAAGAUUCAGGUCCCAACUGUUCUUGUUGGGAACAAAAAAGAUCUCCACAUGGAAAGGGUUAUCAAGCCAGAGGAGGGAAAGAAACUUGCUGAUUCCUGGGGUGCUGCAUUCAUGGAGUCCUCAGCCAAGGAGAAUGAGACUGCUGUGGAGCUUUUCAAGCGGAUCAUUUUGGAGAUGGAGAAAGCUGAUGGAAAUGCACCCCCAGAGGAGAAGAAGUGUGCUCUGAUGUAAAUGUGUGUCCAGGACAUCAGAAAGCUCAUUUGCUGAAGACGAGAGCCACAACUUCACCAGCUUGCCAAUCGUGAUCUCACCAACACCGCAGUGGAACUUUUCUGCUCAAAUGUGAUAUCUUAUUGAUUUGCAUAGCAAGUCAACUGCCCAGCCAGUUGAUAAACUAUCCCAUUAAUUGUAACCAAAGGCCAGAAGUUUAUAAAAGCAAGAUUCAUCUUUGUUCUAGACAAAGAAGCACAGUUGGUGAACACUAUCUUUAAAUAUUGAAACGUUAUCUAUAACUUGGCCACAUCUUGACUUUUCAACCAACUGCUCUGAAAACAUAAUAUUAUUGCCAAACAUUUUUUUUUUUUUUUUUGUGAACAUAUUAUGGUAAUAACUAGUAAAUUGGAUGUUAGAGACAUCAUUGGCUUGACUCUCAUAACUCUUUGAGCAGUUGAGGUAAUGUACAUGUUGAGCUGGUUAAUCUUAUUAAGGACUUGUAUUAUUUCAACAGUGAUGGAGAGUCAAAGUUCACAUUGCUUUAAAUGUGGUGUUAAAUUGUCAGUAUCUCUCACAAAUGGUGGAUUUCCUUGAAUACCCUGGAAUGAGAUUUCACAGAAGACAUUUCACUGGUGUCACAGUUCUUCUCACUGUAAUUUUUAUUAACUUCUCUUCGGGUACCUUUCACCAAUGAAUUUUUGAACUGCGUCUUCAUGAUGGCGGAAUCUAUUUGUAAAUCUAACAACUCACAUUUUAAGCUCUUCUGCUAAGCAGAUUAGACUAAUCCUCUGUUUCUACAGUUAAGUUUCUUCUUAUUGACUGUAUUAAAUAUGUUAUCUUUUGGACAACCCUCAGA